AUGAGGCAUCAUCCCAUUUUUGUACUCAUAUUUUUGAUUCAUCUUCAACUUAUCGCAAGUUUGACACCACAAGAAGCAUGCAAAAAUUUCUUCAUGAUAUAUUGGAAAUAUCUGAGCUUAGGAGAUCUUGGAAUACUUCAUAAAGACUUCAAAUAUCUCUAUUCAAACGGAAAUGAUGUUACAGGUAUAUUUUGAUUUAUUUUUUUAAUUUUAAAUUAUUUUUGAUUUAUAGAAAUAUAUAAAGAAGGAUGGAAAGCAGAUUAUGGUGUUGAAUGGAAUAGAAAAAGAUACGAAGAAGCUCGAAAUAACAGUUUUUGGGAAACAUAUUGGGAUCAUCAUGUUGCACAAUUUACUCCAGGGGGACUUUUGGAGCAGAAACGAUUGAGUAACAAUGAACUCAAAUUCAAAUAUUUGAUGAUUAGUGAUUCAAACGUGGAAGGUGGAUAUAAAUUGUACAAAAUUUUGGAUUUUAGGCAUUAG